GCUCGGCUGGGGCCGCGGCUCCGCUGCCCCGUGCCGCUCCCCUGGGCGGGGCGGCGGCCUGACAGGAGGCGGUGGCCGAGGCCGGGCUGGCCGCCGGGGGAGCCUCUCCGGCCCCGCCGCGGGAGGCAGCGCCUUGGCUGAGGGGCUCCGGCGGGCGCGGGGGGCUCCGCUGUGCCCCGGCCGGUCACGGGGUUGCGGCCCCUGGAUGGGCGGCUAAUAUCCUACGCAGAAAGUGAGACAAUAACAUGCCCAUGCCGAUUACUGUAGGAGAGGCUGAAGGACAUCCUGUUUUGAUUUCGCAGUGCUGUUAUUCUUUGGGGUGAUAUGAAGAAUUUUAUUCUGUUUUUUAAGUAUUCAGAUUUCUAAUGCAGCUGAACUUCAGUAGCCUUUUCUGCAGUACAGAUUUCAACAAAUGAAUUUUUCUUAAAGAUGCAGAACCUGUCACUAGUAGAAAGUCUUACUAAUACAGACACAUCACACCGCAUGUCUCUAAAAGAUCUAGCAGCUGAAGCAGGCGGUGUGCCUCUCGAUGAAAGUGACCAUGACUUAAAUGAAAGUACAAAUAAUGAAGAAAUCAUUAAUCUUGAAUUAAUGCGGCCAAGCUUCCCGUUAGAGAAUAGCAAAAGGAGAAGUUGUGAGGGGUUUUCUGAGGGCAGUUAUGGUGCCUCAGAACCCAGUGGUUCCUGGGGCGAUUUUGAAGGCUUCAAGGAGUCCUUAGACAAAUCAGAGAGAUUCGGUCAUAAUUCUGAAGUUUUGGUGAAGUCAACAAAAACUUCUCGAGUUGAUACGGACUCAAGCAGCGGACAUUGUAGCACUUCUGCUGGGCACCUCAGUUCUGAGCCAUCUCUACACAGUGGGAAACAGGAGGCUUCGAGCUCUCUAAAUGAGGCAAACCACAGCUAUGAGGAUACAUUUAAGUUGGGCUUUCCAGAAGUCUCUGUCUCACAGUCCAGAGAGAGCAUAAGAAGCUUAGAUCAAGUACUUGAUACAAAUAAUGAAGAUAUUGGAAUUCCUGAACUCAAGGAGAAUCAGCUUUGCAUUCAUUCUGGAAACAUAUGGAGGACACUUAGAGAUUUUGGUAAUACCCCCAGCUUAAGACAUCCCCCGAGUAAAUCUCAUUGCCAAGAAAACCUCUUGAGUGUCCUUGGAAUAGAUACAAAUCAAAAGGAAUUUUUUGAGAGCCAGGAUGACAUCUUUGAGGAAUCAAAUGUUAAAGAUAUUGAGGACUUCAGACUUGAUGGAUUCAGUAUGAAUGACUGCAAAGCACUGAUCCAGACCAAGCUUUCUGUAUCACCAGAUUCCAGACACAGUCAUCUUUUCACCUGUAACCUCUUCAUGAAAACCACAUCAUCAGAUGGAAACAUGAAAUAUAUAACAAGCCCAAGGAAGAACAACAUUUUUGCUACACACAACCUAAAAAUGAAAUUUUUCAGUAGUGAUAUUUGUUGAACCAAAUGCACUUGCUUUAUUAUUUUUGAACUGAAUGGAGUUUACCUUCAUUUUGUUACUGGCAUGGUACUAUACACUACAUAUGUUCUUUAGGAAAGUAACGUAUUACUGUAUAUGAAGUACCUAAAGCCACAUUAUUAGGAGACAUUUAUCCUAUUUAGUUGUGAAAUCAGAGGCGUAGUUUUGUCCUGCUAAUUUCUCCUGCAGAGUCAUGCCUCUUGCAGUAAAUUCAGCUGCAACCUCACUUCAAAGAUACUCUGGUGGAGUACUCUCCUGAACCGUGGACCUUUAGGGCCUCAAUGCCUCUUUGAUCAAAAACCUUGUUUCCCGGCCAAAAUCUAAACACACCUGAGGUGUGUUGCAGUGUGCCUUGUCACUGCCUCUCCUCAUGUGUGGGCCAGUUUGGAUCAGCUGAGAUCCAAAGUUACUUUGCCACUGCUGAACAUAACGAGAGGAGCCGUCUACAUCCGCUGGCUUUCACUGGGGCCUAGGAAAAUAAAACUCUCAACUUCUGUCUGAUAAAGUCUGCUGUGCUAAUAUGGGUAGAGCCAGUGAAACGUUUUGUUCUAGCAUUCGUUUCUAACUGAAGUAAAUCACCUUUCUGAAGCCAAUUGUAUCAGGACUUCCUGGAUUUAUUCAGCUACCAAACACUUACAUGAUGCCUAACCAUGCUUGUUAAAAGCUUAACUGUGGUGUAGUUCAGGUCCUACACUGCGCAAUGCUGUAAAUUGCUGCUCUUUAUAAAUUUUACAGUAACUGUCA